UCAAGGGGCAUUCUCUACCUCUAAGAAAGCUUGGAGCUAUCUUGGAGCUCCCUGGUCUCCAAGGGUUGGUGCUGCGUCAUUCCCCACCGAGGGGCUCAAGGAGUGACCUGAUCUUUUUCCCAUACCUUGACUCUUGACUCUUGGGCUUUUCUCCUGAGUCCAGAACUGAAUGGGGACGCGCUUCUUCCACCGGAGCCAAACAGAACUGACAGUAUAAAGUCUCGCCGGCGCCCACUUUCUGCCCCAGAACAACCCCGUUCUCCGUACCUUCCUCUCCUUGUUGUCGUCGGCCAGGCUUCGAACAUACAUCCUCUCCUCUCCCCUCCUUUCCACGGGCAUCGACCCUCUGUGAAACUCUCCACUCCUCACUCUCAUUUGCGUGAUCACAUCUCUCGACCAUGGCGUCUCCCAUCGCUUCCGCCGCCCUGCGGGCUCGCGUCAAGCGUCCCUCGAUGCUCAAGAAGCUCACCAAGCCCCAGGAUCUCCUGCAGCACUUCCCCAAUGGCGCCUACAUCGGCUGGUCCGGCUUCACCGGCGUUGGAUACCCCAAGAAAAUGCCCACCUACUUGGCGGAUCACGUUGAGCAGAACUCUCUCCAGGGCCAGCUCAAGUACAGCCUGUUUGUCGGUGCCUCCUCUGGCGCUGAGACCGAGAACCGUUGGGCCAGCUUGGACAUGAUCAAUCGUCGAAGUCCCCAUCAGGUCGGCAAGGCCAUCUCCAAGGGCAUCAACGAGGGCAGAAUCCACUUCUUCGAUAAGCAUCUGUCGCAGUUCCCCGUCGAUCUCGUAUACGGGUUCUACACCAAGGACCGCCCAAACAAGAACCUUGAUGUCGUCGUAGUCGAGGCCACCGAGAUCAAGGAGGACGGCAGCAUUGUCCCCGGCGCCUCGAUCGGUGCCACGCCGGAGCUUGUGCAGAUGGCGGACAAGAUCAUCAUCGAAGUCAACACCUCGCUGCCCAACUUUGACGGUCUCCACGACAUCACCAUGACCGACGUGCCCCCGCGCCGCAAGCCCUACCUCAUCACCAGCGUCGAGGACCGCAUCGGAACAAACUCCAUCCCCAUUGACCCCGAGAAGGUUGUCGGCAUCAUCGAGUCCGACUACCCCGACCAGACCGGCCCCAACACUCCCGAGGACGACGGUUCCAGGGCCAUCGCCAGACACCUGAUCGAGUACUUCGAGCACGAAGUCAAGCACGGCCGCCUGCCCAAGAACCUCCUGCCCCUGCAGUCCGGUAUCGGCAACAUCGCCAACGCCGUCGUCGGCGGUCUCAAGGACAGCAAUUUCUGGAACCUCAAGGUCUGGACCGAGGUCAUCCAGGAUACCUUCCUUGACCUCUUUGACACGGGCCACCUCGAUUUCGCGACUGCCACCUCGGUCCGCUUCUCGCCCGAGGGCUUCAAGCGCUUCUACGACAACUGGGAAAACUACCACGACAAGCUCCUCCUCCGCAGCCAGCAGGUCUCCAACUCACCCGAGAUCAUCCGCCGCCUGGGCGUCAUCGCCAUGAACACGCCCGUCGAGGUGGACAUCUACGCGCACGCCAACAGCACGUGCGUCAUGGGCUCUCGCAUGCUCAACGGUCUCGGUGGCAGCGCCGACUUCCUACGCAACGCAAAGUACAGCAUCGUCCACACCCCCUCGACGCGCCCUUCCAAGACGGACCCCCACGGCGUCAGCUGUAUCGUCCCCAUGUGCACGCACAUUGAUCAGACGGAGCACGAUCUGGACGUCAUUGUCACCGAGCAAGGUCUCGCUGAUGUUCGUGGCCUGAGUCCCCGCGAGCGUGCGCGCGUCAUCAUCAAGAAGUGCGCCCACCCGGUGUACCAGCCCAUCCUCCUGGACUACUUUGAGAAGGCCGAGUUUGAGUGCCUGCGCAAGGGCAUGGGCCACGAGCCUCACCUCCUCUUCAACUCGUUUGAUCUCCACAGGGCCCUGGCUGAGGAAGGCAGCAUGCAGAAGGUCAAGAGCUUCAAAUGAACAGGCCAGCAUCGCCCGACGCCACAGUCAAGGAUAAGAGCUUCAAAACAAACAGGAGCUAAAAACGUUAAGAGCUAGGCACCUAAAGGCAUUGUUGGAUU